GGGAUUGGGCCUUGGAAGGCAUGCAGAUAUUUCCUGUUUUAAGAUUGCUAUCCAUAAGGAUACUGCCCUAAGCCGAGGUCGAGCUGAAUGCCCUGGGCAUAGCCCCAUUCAGAGUGAAGAUACCUACACUAUAUAAUUCGAACAGGAUCCCGUGAUGGUCUGGGUAUUCAGGAUGGUUGGCAACCCACGGAUCCCGUCACCUACUUUGAAACCGUCGGGAAGAAACGAUGAUCUUCUCCACCAUGCGGAGAGACCUCGCUGUGGCCGUGAUCGGUCUGGCUGCAGUAGUUGCGGCUCAGAGCACAUGUGAUUUGGUACAAAGCCAAACCUCCAUCGAGUCAUACAAGAAUCCGCAAAUCAAGUACACAGCGGAGCAGUCCGAGUACUGGUCGACGUCAUGUGGUGACCUGAAGCCAUCGUGCAUUCUAAUGCCCACGACAGCUCAUGAGGUGGCGGCCAUUGUUUCUAUUCUAGCGAAGAAUAACGAGACCUUCGCAGUCAAGUCGGGUGGCCACAACCCUAACAACUACUUUGCAAGUGUCGAUGGCGGGCCUCUCAUCUCCACAAAGAUGCUGAACCAAGUUAUUUUGGAUCCCACGGCAGAAACAGUCAGGGUAGGACCUGGAAACAGGUGGGAUGAGGUCACAAAGGCGCUUGACGGCUCCGGAUACACGGUCGUUGGUGGACGAAUUGGUAACGUUGGCGUCGGUGGAUAUCUGCUAGGGGGUGGCUUGAGCUUCAUGAGUACCGAGUACGGUUGGGCUGCCAACUCGAUACUGGAAUACGAGCUAGUGCUAGCGAACGCAUCUGUCGUCUAUGUAACAGAGAACAACUACCCUGACCUCUUCAUGGCCCUCAAGGGUGGCGGCAACAACUACGGAAUAGUCACAUCUUAUUUGCUGCAAGCAUAUCCCAUUGGCGAUAUCUGGGGAGGCAAUCUCGUCUUCGACGCGAAGUCAGAGACCAGCACAAAGAUUCUUGCGGCAGUUCGAGAUUUCACAGAACACUAUGACGACGACAAGGCCGGUAUCAUUGUGACAGCCGAGCGAACACUCGCCACACUCGUCGACAUCUGGGUCAUCUUCCUGUACUAUAAUGGCCCAGAGCCACCUAAAGGUGUUUUUGACAAGUUCUUCGCCAUUAGCGAUUUCAAGAUCAACACAUGCAAGACACAGAGCAUUCAUAGUCUCCUCAGUGGUAACAACUGGGCAAUCGUUAAAGGCAGCGUCUAUACAAUUGGCACAGAGACCAUGCCUCUACCUAGCGAAGAGAACGGUGCAGAAGUGAUGGGCAAGAUAUUCGACCACUGGGUCAACGUAAGCAAUACGGCGCAGCUCGUUCCUGGGCUGAUUGCAAGUGUUGCCUUCCAGCCUCUGCCCAAGAAGCUUGGCGCAAUCGCCAGAGCCAAGGGCGGCGACAUGCUCGAUGUGGACGACGACAUCGACCGCAUUGUGCUUGAACUGGACUACAGUUUCUGGGGUAACGCUGCGUAUCCCAAAAUCGACGAGACCAUGCGGGCGACGUACGAUGGGUUCAAGACGAUCGUUGAGGAUUGCCAGGACAGUGGACUACUGGCCAAGGAUGUUUACCUACCGCUAUUCCAGAACGACUGUUUCUACCCGCAAGACUACUUUGGUAGGUUGAAGCCGGAGAAGCUGGCGCUCGCGCGAAGAGUGCAGGCUGAAGUUGAUCCAAAUGGCUUCUGGAAGACGAGGACCGGUGGAUUUAAGAUACCAUCAGCAUGAUAUGGUAUUGUAACUAUUCUAAUGGCCUUGAAUUGCUUCAUAGUAAGCUAUUAUAUAAUCUUGUAAUCCCCUGCAUAGCGGCACGGUCACGAAUAGACGAUAUUGCCAGCCA